AACUAACUUGCCCAUCGACCUGUUGCCUUGCCCCUCGUUUCUGCGUCGUCCAAGAACUGACCUGCUUUGGCGUACAUCCAUACCUAGGUACACAAUCACUUUGCCUGUGUCCUCUACCAAACACUCCCACAACACAAUCGUCUGACCAAUAUUAUCCAGUCAACCAGCGGUGAUGUUGCCAUCAGCGUAUACAUCCCUUACCAUCACGGAUUAUCCAUAAACGCCUGCUCUGACCCUGGAGCUAGAAUUUAUCGUCAUCGUUUUGGUUCAAGGCCCCGGCCCGUCCCUGCGCCCUGUUUGCUUUGUUUCUUUUCCCCGUGUGCGUGCGUAACCGUGCCUCUCAGCGCAUCGGCCUCUCGAUAUCGAUAAUCUCGGCAUCGGAUGCCUGCGCGCGACCAAGUUCAACCUACCUCAUAGGUAAUUGCGCCGAUACAUCCAAUGGACCCGGCAGACAUCUUCCGGCAAGGCUUCGGCCAAGUUGCUCCCCGCCAGAAUCCCGUCUUCAUGGGUCACCCUCAACACCACAUGGUCCAGUUCCAGCAGCAGCCGCCACCUCCGCCGGCUUUCAGGAAACCUGUACAGCAGACUGACGAAACUUCGGAUGGCGACGGCUCGAGUCACCGCAUUGCCCACACUCUGACAGCUUGCUGCCGUUGCCGACAGAGGAAAACUCGAUGCGAUCCAACUUUGCCCCGCUGUUUGCCAUGUGAAAGAUCCGGAUCGACUUGCGAAUACCUUGAUGCAGCCAAAGGUCGCAAGAUCAACAGGCAUUAUGUUAUUAGGCUACAGGACAAAGUCAGGCAACUCGAGGCGGAGCUUAGCCAAUAUACCGACGACGAAAAUGAGUACCCUACAAGUAAUGAAGAUAUGGUACGGCCCGGCGGAAUGGUUCGGCUGAAUGGUGGCGAUGAGACCCCUCGAUACCUAGGACCCAGUAGCGGUAUCGCAAUGACACGUCUUCUUAUGGAGCAAGCGAAAAGAUACACUGAUUCCAAACGCAUCUCCGAUCUCAUCCCCAGUGUCCGCGCCAGACAAGCUCGUAUGCAGUCUAUACAAAUGACGGGGCCUUCGGCAAGGAGAAAGAGUUACCCCAUGAUUAGCCAGCAUCCAGCCGAAAGUUUGCCCACAAGAGCUGUUGCAGAUAAGUUACUGGAGAUCUUUAACCAGAAAGCUCAACUCUUCUGGCCUGUUCUGCACGAAAAAGAUCUUCUACAGGAUCUAGAUGCGGUCUACAAUGGCGACACUGAUCCCUAUCGGCUUUUUAUUGUCAGAAUGCUUGUAGCCAUCAGCUUACAAAAGCUUGACACGCAAUAUGCUGGUUUGGCAGACAGCUACUACUUGGCAGCAAUGCAAUUAUUCGAAGACGUCGUCCGCCCCAAGGAUCUCAAGACAUUGCAAUGCCUUGUGCUUCUCGGAGAAUAUUCGCUUCUCACCCCUACAAGGACGCCGAUCUACUAUGUGAUCGGCCUGGCCGCUAGAAUAUGCCAGCAAGAAGGACUAGCCAGCGAAAAGACUAUUUCUACAGGGUACAACUUGGAUGCCAAAACAAUCGAUAUGAGGAGGCGGAUUAUCUGGACUGUGGCCGCGAUGGAAUAUGGCUUGGCGCACAGUAUGGGUAGGCCCAACAGUUUUGCGACAGGCGACGACCGACUAGACGUCGAAUUCUUCGCAGCAGUCGACGACGACAAUAUCACUGACCAGGGCAUCCAGCCUGGCCCUCCCAGUGAGCGUAAACUUGUUGCUAUUCAUUUCUACAGAAUGAGAAUGUGCCAGGCCGAGAUCCGAAGGGCUUUGUAUGAGAAGAAGAAGGAAGAACCAAAGAACGACUCGCACCCUUGGUUUGCAAGAAUUGAGAAGAUGAACAAAGAAUGGCUAGAUGCAUCGCCUACAAGCCCCGAUUGGUGCAAGCCUUGGUUCACCGGCAGGUAUCAUCAGAUGAGGAUAUUCAUGUAUAGACCUUCUCCGCAGAUUCCAAAGCCAUCACCUCGCGCCGCUGCGAUUUGUUAUGAGAGCGCAGCGUAUAUCAUCCAGCUCAAUGCUAAGCAGAUGGGAAGUGGCGCAGAUCUCACAUGGGUUUUCCUUCUGACCGUGAACAUGUCCCUCAACACACUCUUAUGGACUGUUUCGUAUCCAGAGGUGCGCCGAGCGCAUCCCCGUCAUGAGGUUGAAACCCUCGUUCAGACUUCUAUGGAGGUUUUGGAUCGUUGUACGGAAAGAUGGCCGGGGACUGCAUCCGCCUCACAACUUUACUCCAUCUUCUCGAAAGCUUGUUUACAAGGCUAUGAUGAACGCCCAAUGACGGGACAGGCAGCCGGCUUCUUCACCACGCCCCCUUCCUUCGCGGACCCUAACUCGCCCGAAGCCUUCCAGAACCUUCAACAAGUCCAAGCCCCUUAUCAGAACCCACCUCAGUUCAAUCAUGUAUUCAACUCACCACCAGAGGCCAUGAAUGCUUACGCCUUCGAUCCCAACUUUCCUCCACCUCAGCCGAGCUUCAGGUCUAACUCCAUCUUCUUCAACCCUGCGAGCAAUGAACCUACGGGGCGAAGAUUCUCAUACUUCCCACCCGACUUUAUGCAGCCCGGCGAGAACAUGAUGGAUGACCCAACACCGCCAGCCACCACAACCCCUGAGCAACAUAUAACAUCGCCUCCGGAUCACAUGUCAGAGCAAUUGCCAACUCCUCCUGAUAGCAUCCCGACCGGCAAUAUGGCAACACCAACCCCUAGUAAUACUUUAUCGCCCUCAAACACCCUGACAGCCCAUCCUACACCUAUUAUGCAGCAUGCCUCGCCAGCCGGGGUUCCCCUGGUGCCCGUGCAGACAAACAUGUCCCCUCCUAUCAAGAUUGAACAAUCUCAACGUGGGCCCACGUUUGUUGUACCCCAAAACCCACAGGCUGCACCUACCCAAAGGCCUCUACCAACCCCAAGCGGUAUUGGCGAUUGGUUUUCGCCUCCUGCACCAUUUAUUUCCCCGUACGCUUUUAACAACAUGAGCAACAGUUUUUUCAACGAUUCCAUGGCGAAUCCUGGAAACUAUGGCGAUAUGUCAGUCUCUGGUCUUGGGUUGCAGAACAUUCAAGGCGGGAAUGCCCCUCCUCCUCAGUUUGACUAUGGUUUUGCUCGGCAAGGUAGCCUUACACAGUCACAGCAGCUUGAGUUGAUGAAUGUGCUUGAAACCGAGGGUAUGGGAGACAUUGAUGCGUUCCUCAACGGGGGAAACAUAUCUAACAACAGGUGGUAUUAAGAUUAUUGCUAAAUAUGAGAUAGGAUAGAAUGAAUUGAGGUAAUGGAUUGGUUUCACAGGAUAUGUAAGCAUGGACGGCGUUUCUUGGUUAUAAAGCAUUAGACAUUGUCUGCGGAAGGACGCUUGAAUGAUAGACCUGCACUUGUUUCAAGUCUUGAUUUAUACUGUAUGAAACGCAUUUGUCAUGAAAAGUCCCGUCCCGAGACCACUUAGUGAAGUCCACGAAAUAUUAUCUUUCGGAUAUCAAGCUUACUCUUCAUCAUAUAAGGUUCCCGCAAAUGGGGGCAGGCGACACACCAACUGAGUGGCCAAAAAUGGCAACCAAGAAAUACGGGGUUAGCAAAUGGUCGUUAUGGCGGCAUAGUUUAUUUUCCAUCUUCAAGGUUCCUCUUCUCUGGAAGGCCAGCCAGUGAUGCUGCCCUGCUGACAGUCUUCUUGGUACGCUUCUUGCGUCGCGUGGUACCUGUGACGAUGGGUGCUUUCUGCACCCACUGUGCGAUAAGGCUAGCCCUCACACUGCAAAGGGGGUAGUCCUUGCUAUCGUCGUCAGACCAUCCCUUGAGACCUGAAUUGUUAGUAGAUGUGGCAUUGGAUGAAGAGCCGUUGGCAGCAGCGGCAGUUGCAGCACGUUCUUUCUCAUCGCGCUUCUCUCUAGCCUCAAUGGAUGCACGGAAGGUGGCAUCAUCACAGACUCGUUCAUCAUUAAGGGCUUCGUAGACUCGCUGGUCGUGUUCCCGCUUGCGCUGUCGACGCUUGUCUGCCGGACUCAGUACGGCUGGUCUAGCGUUGUCGGAUCCACCAUUGAUUAGAGAUGCGGCGGCGGCGGCAGCUUCCUUACGAGAAGCACCGAUGUGCAUCUUUGAGACAUCCUGGGGGAGGGUAUCGUAUAAGAACGGGAGGGGCGCAGGUAUGCAUAAGGUCUCCCAAGAGGCGCUGAGCUGUAGCCAGUUAUCGUCGGCGCGGCGGAGAAUUUCAACCCAGUCAGACCGAGCAGCAGAGCGACUAGGUUGGAAGACCGGAUAGCCAUCGGCGAGACGGAUCAGUCUUGCCGCCAUGUAGGUGUGGCGUUGAAGCUCCUUGGCCGAAGUUUGGGUGAGGCAGUGACAAAGGAGGAGGGAGUGAAGGGCGUCGGCCAUAAGGGGGUGGUACGUCGACCAUUCGCAUGUCUGGGGCAUAUCGGAUGGCUGUGUUUUCCCAUUGGAGUUUUUCACCUCCUGGUUAGGAUAUGGAGGGAGGUCUGAAGGGGGGACGGCGGCGAAGAGUUCCGAAAUGGCGUAAGUGGUAUGUGGCUCGAGAGAGUAUGUGGCCUCAGAAGGGCGAGGAUGGCGGGUGCCUUUUGCGGAGGAAUUAACUCGAUCAUUAAAGUCCUUUGCGAUGGAGGAUGGUAAAUUGGGCGCGUACUCGAAAUGUGACAUAAAGGUGAGGAGGUCUCGAAGCGCCCACUUUGCGUACUUCUUGACAAGCUUCCGCGCUUCGGUCUGUUCACGGAGAGACUUUUCUUCAAUCUCUGGCGACUUGCGGCCACUGACUUCUGGAUUAAAGGCCUCGUCUGGGUUGUGCGAAUCGGCAUGCCCACUCUGGCUCUGACUUGUUGGGAUGCCAUCUUCGACAUACUGACAUGCCAGUGAUAGAUACGCCGCGCCACGAAGGAAUAACAGCUGAGAUUCUAAACUACUCGGUUGAUCUUUCUCAGAUGGGGUGAUGUCCUGACGCCAUCGUCUGCCUCGAUGUGAAUACUGGGACUCGAGUUCGUUGCCACUGAGUCGAUGGGGUUGCUGAUGUAUUCGACACACUGUGAGAGCGACCGUCAAGUCAUGAGCCGCACCUUCGAAAUCCUCCUUGAAAGUUUUGACGAUUGCACGCGUUCGGAGAGCUUCACCCUCGCUGGGCCUCUCGGAUAUGAUGUCUGUCAAGGGCUGAAGACUAGUAGACUCUGCCAACUGGCGGGAGGGUAUUUUCUCAUGGAAGAAAUGUACAUAUUUGGCAUCUUGAUCCUGUGGGUUACGCAACAGCACCAGCGCCCCAAUCUCAUCAAUCGGUGAAGCACCCUGCAUUGUUGCAACGCUGCAAGCAAUUUCAUCUAGAUGGUAUGCACGGCUAAGCUUCUGGCUUGCCUGCUCCCUCAUCCGAAACUUGCGCUCGCGGCUCAAUCUUGUCCCAUGUCCUGGCCCUGUCAUUCCCAACACAGACAUAGAAGAUGCGCCGGGUAGUCCACCGUGCACGUUAGUCAACACGGGUGAGGCAAUGUCACUAGCAGCUCUCACGGCGAGAUUGGUGGCUUCGUCGACGAGACGGCGAAUCUUCAGUAGGUCAUAGAGGACGGCAGGGUCAAUAGGACACGGCCGGGGGGUAUUGUAGUUGAUGUUGGCAAUUGUUUCGAGGAUUUCGAUAGGCAUUUGGAGCCAAGGACCGUGGAAAGAGGAUAUGUAUCGCCAAUGCCUAAGGUAGAGCGUCAACGCCGUAAUCGAAUGGAUCGCAAAUGGCCACUUUGCAAGAAAAUCAGCGGCGCAUAACCAAACCUACUUGUUCCGGCAAAUGUUAAGUGUCUGGAAAGACGAAGACGAGGAAGAAGAACCUUCUUUCGACGUCUUUGGUUUCUUCUUUUGACUCCCUCCGUUUGUAUCCAUAGUAUUUGAGGUUUGUGGAUGCGUUUGCGAAGCGUUGUCCAGGGUCGCAUUCUGCCCCUCACCACCAGGAGUCUGGUUGCCUUUUUUCUUUGCCAUUUUUUGUACUGAAAUAGCGGCGUAGGCGAAAAGUGCGAGCAGAUGCCUUGUGCGCUGGUAUAAAAUCUGGAGACCCCCGAACCGGCUUGAUCGCAGACCGCAAUGCGUAGAUCGAUAAAGGGUGUAUUCUGGUAUCGAAGACGUGGGGUAAGUGUAAAGAAUCUAGUUGUGACGAUUGCAUGAGGGACGAGAUGAAAAAGCUAAGAAAUUUCGACUAUAUUGAUGCUGGCUGGGAGAGAGAGAGAGCUCCUAAGAAUUUUGUGGUCCAAAAACAAUAAAAUCGUCGGACUGCUAUUGUGCUCGAACGCAGGCAAUCGUCGUCUUUUUCUGUAGUAAAGUAAGGUGGUUUGGAUAUGAUGC